CCUCUGAUUGGCUACCUCGAACAUGACACUUUACUGCUAUCGAGUCAAUGCUGCGAAAGUUUACUUUCUGCAUCACUCGACUGUUGCAACAUUUGACCCAAGUGUGUGCAAGAAAAAGACAUUGGCGGUGGGUGUAGAAGUUGUUGUUUUAGCCAUUGUGGCGCAGUGAAUGUUCCCAUAUUUCCUCUUUUCGAAAGUUCUCGCAUAGUUUUUAGUUGCAUUUCUUCCCGAGCUUGAUUCGACUUUUUCUUUCACUUCCUAUUAUAGAGAGAGGGGGGAGCUCUACUUGUAGUCGAGUAUUUUUUUUUCCGCCGAAAAAUUGUGUGGGAAAAGUGAAGCCAAGAAGAAGAAGAAGAAGGGCGGUGUGUCCGAAGCAACAUGCCGAUUAGGCAUUUCGGGGGUCACAGGUCUCUCGUGUCGCGCUCUAAUUCGCCAAAACUCUCGUAUGGUUACUCGAAAAUGAACGUUUCAAGAAGCGGAUACCGUGUUUUCUCUGCCAACUCCAGCACCGCCUCCGUGCAGCUGGCCAAGAAGAUAACCGAACGCUUGGGUGUAGAGUUGGGCAAGUCGGUUGUAUACCAAGAGGCGAAUGCAGAGACCAAAGUGGACGUGAAGGAGUCUGUUCGUGGACAAGACAUCUUCAUCAUUCAGACCAUUCCCAGAGAUGUCAACACCGCCAUCAUGGAGCUGCUGAUUAUGGCGUAUGCCCUAAAAACUUCCUGCGCGAAGAACAUCAUUGGGGUCAUCCCGUACUUUCCGUACAGCAAGCAGUGCAAGAUGAGGAAGAGGGGCUCCAUUGUUUGCAAGCUACUGGCGGCCAUGUUGGCUAAAGCUGGACUGACUCACAUUAUCACCAUGGACCUGCAUCAGAAAGAAAUCCAGGGCUUCUUUAGUUUCCCCGUUGACAACUUGAGAGCUUCACCCUUCCUCAUCCAGUACAUCCAAGAAGAGAUCCCAGACUACAGGAAUGCUAUCAUUGUCGCAAAGUCGCCGUCGGCUGCGAAGAGGGCGCAGUCCUACGCCGAGAGGCUUCGGCUCGGCCUGGCCGUCCUGCACGGCGCUGCUAACAAUUUAGAGUCGGGCAUGAGCGAUGGCCCCACCUCGCCCCCGCCGUGUCGCCCCAGCGCUGGACACCCCGGCCUGGAGCUGCCAUCCAACACAGGCAGCAGAUCUCGUGUCCCAUUUCCAGGGAUUGAGCUUCCAAUAAUGAUGGCCAAGGAGAAGCCACCCAUCACUGUCGUCGGAGAUGUGGGCGGACGAAUCGCCAUCAUUGUUGACGACAUCAUCGACGACGUGCAGGAGUUUGUUGCGGCAGCAGAGAUCCUGAAGGAGCGAGGAGCCUACAAGAUCUAUAUCAUGGCCACACAUGGCUUGCUGUCUGCAGAGGCGCCCAGACUGAUAGAAGAGUCUGCUAUUGAUGAGGUGGUGGUGACCAACACCGUGCCCCAUGAGGUCCAGAAGCUGCAGUGUUCAAAGAUCAAGACGGUGGACGUGAGCAUGAUCCUUGCCGAGGCCAUCCGUCGCAUCCAUAACGGAGAAUCCAUGGCCUACCUGUUCCGGAACAUCGCCGUGGACGACUGAGGCAACCGCACACACCAAAUUCCACUCAAAUCAUGAGCACACCCGUUCAACUUGUGUGGAACUGUAGGAACAUUGCUCCUGUAGAAAUGUUAUGUAUCACUCACAGCAUCUCACUAUCCUUUCUAUAUGAACCAAAAUAAAACUGAACUUCUCCGGUGAAA